UUAUCUGAGGUGGUGAUUUUGUGUGUGUGUGUGUGUGUGUGUUGCGUGUGUGUGUGUGUGGUUUUUUUUAAACAGAAGCAUGGGGAGUUGUUAGCUGGAAAAUGGAUCCCUUACUUCAUGUCCUGAUUUUUACCUUCCUGGCCUUCAAGAUCUCAGGAGGGUUUCUGAUUAUCCAUGUCCAGAAACAGCAAUGCCUUUUUAGAGGCAAAACAGCGUUAGUGAGCAACUGCAAUCUGACGGAUCCAAACCAGCAGUGGAUGUGGACAGACUAUGAGAAACUGCUCCAUGUUAAAUCUGGCCAGUGUUUGGGCAUCUCCAAGUCCUCUGCUGCAUCAUCCCGCAGCAUCUUCAUAGACUGCCCUCAGGCACCCAGCUGGACCUGCCACAAAAAGGAAGGCCUCCUCCAGGUGGCAAAUAGCUCUCUCUUUCUCUCCAAACAAGGCCCGAAGGUAAUGAUCAAGAUGGGUAAGAAAUACCCUCAUAGCUGGAAGCAAAUAAGUAUCGACGACAAAGGAAACUCUACCUAUGAAAAUCUGUGUCCACACAAAGAUCUCCAAGAUGCAGAACCUCCAGUGCAGAACAGUAGAAUCACCUCCUCUCCCUUUAGUGCUAUUCCAUCUAUUCCUGAGAAUUUCCUUAGGAGUAGCACAGAACUCUUCAUCAGAAAUAUUACAGAAAACUACAGUAAAUACAUUAACGAAAAGCUCCAUUUCACCCUGAAGUCGUCUGCCGUACCAGGGAAAUCCUGGAUUCCAACAACAACCUCUCAUUACUUCAGUAUCACAGAAAAGAGCGGGCGCGGGGAGGCUGGGAAAUGCCCCAUCGCCCUGGCGGAGUGGAGGGUCUCCAGCCAGUCAAUCCAUCUCCAGUGGAGCACGUCGGGCGCCCUCUGCAACUUCACCCUGACCUGCCGCUCGGACAACGCCUCGCACCCAGACUGCCAGCCCGUCCAGACUGCUAACCGGUCCUACGAAUGCAGCUACAGUGGCUUAGAAGCAGGGACUUUGUAUCAUCUCCGGAUUUUCUCCCUCUCGGACACAGAAUCGAGCGACAUCUCCUUGCAAACAGAUCCUUUACCACCAGCUAAAUUUGAAAUUAAGAAGGAAAAAACUACAUCCACAAGCUUGCAGGUCUGGUGGAGUCCAUCCCCAGGAAAAGUGGACUGGUAUGAGCUACAAUUAUCUGAUCAUCAUAAUAAAAAGAUACAGAAUGUCUCAAUACGAGGUGGUAUUUCAAGAACAGAAGAGACAUUUUCCAAUCUUACUCCUGGGAGCAAAUACAAUGUUAUCAUCACUGCAGUUUCUGGAAAUAAAAGCACCUCGGCAGUUCAUAUCAGCGGAUCUACUGCACCGUCACCUGUGCAAAACAUUCAGAUCAGUGUCAAGACAGACACUAUCCACGUUUCAUGGUUACCUGGCUCUGGGAAUGUGGAUCGAUACAGGCUGGUAUUACUGGAUGUAGAACGACUAGUUCGUGAGAUCAACCAUGAGGAACGCUUAACCUCGUACACUUUUCUUGGACUUACAGCAGGACACCUUUAUAAUCUCACUAUAAUAGCUGAAGCUGCCGGGCUACAGAGCUACAGCUUUAAGUUGGUUAGGACAGCCCCAGCAGAAGUCUCUGAUUUGAUGGUGACUAGUGAUGGCAGCUUGGAUACAUUAAAAGUUAAAUGGAAAAGGCCACCAGGAAGCCUAAAUUUCUACAAUAUCACUCUGUCUCAUCUUGGAGCUAUUAAAGAAAUCAAAACUUUACAGCCUCAUGUCACAGAGGUUCAGUUUGACAAGUUGACUCCAGGAAGUCUUUAUCAGGUCACUGUCAGCACAAUCAGUGGUGAAUUAUUCACUGAUAAGAUGGCAACUGGCCGGACAGUUCCCCAGAAAGUUUCAGAGUUGAAAGCUAGCAGUGGUUGGCUGAAAUCUCUGAGAGUGAGCUGGCUGCCCCCUGCUGGAGACUGGGAGAGAUACUACAUUGUGUUGUACAACCUCUCCUCUGUGCUGCUGAACGCUACACUAGAGAAAGACAGAAGGGAAUAUGACAUCCAGGAUAUAGGACUCAUCCCAGGAAGACAGUAUGAGGUGGCAGUCAUAGUGGAGAGUGGAGGCUUACAGAACACAGCUCGCUGCAAAGGCAGAACAGCUCCACAGCCUGUUCUUCAGCUUCGGGUAAAGCAUACCAAUGAAUCUUCACUUAGUGUCAUGUGGGUGACCCCCGUCGCCGAAUGGGACAAAUACACAGUUUCAGUGGAAGACAGGGGUCUUACCAUCAUAAAUAAGGCUCUUGUGAAAGAAGCUAAAGAAUACACUUUCAGUAACCUGGUACCUGGACGGAAAUACACGGCUAAGGUCACCAGCAUUAGUGGGGAUUUAAACAAUUCAACUUCAGUGGAAGGAAGAACAGUGCCAGCACAGGUGACUAACCUGCACGUGACAAACCAGGGGACAACCAACAAUUUGUUCACCAACUGGACUAAAGCGCUGGGAGAUGUAGAGUCAUACCAAGUGCUGCUGAUUCAUGAAAAUGUUGUCAUUAAAAAUGAGAGUGUUUCCAGUGAGACCAACAGAUACCACUUCCACUCCUUGAAAACCGGAGGGCUUUAUUCUGUGGUCGUCACUACAAUUAGUGGAGGGAUAUCAUCCAGACAGACAAUUGCAGAAGGAAGGACAGUUCCUUCCAGUGUGACCGGAGUAACAGUGAACAAUUUGGGACGGACUGACUACCUCAGUGUUUCCUGGCUGCCAGCUACUGGAGAUGUCGAUAGUUAUUUGGUAACACUCUCACAUGACAACCAAGUGGUUCAGACUUUGACCAUUUCCAAAGCCCUCAGUGAAUGUUCUUUCAGCAGCCUGGUUCCUGGCAGACUUUACGAUGUGACAAUAACCACAAAGAGUGGGAAGUAUGAAAAUCAUUCCUUCAGCCAGCAGCGCACAGUUCCUUCAAGUGUUCAGGGACUUACUGUCAGCAAUUCAGCAAGAAGUGACUAUUUAAAGGUGUCCUGGUUGCAUGCCACUGGUGAUUUUGAUAAUUAUAAAGUGAUCAUCGAGAACAAGAAUGACUUCAUCCAAACAAAAGAUGUUCCCAAGUAUGAAAAUGAAUGUGUGUUCACUGAACUGAUCCCAGGGAGGCAAUACAGCAUCACUGUUAGCACACAGAGUGGAAAAUCUGUGACUAGCCAAAGGGUGAAUGGCAGAACAAUGCCAGAGUCAGUGAAGGAAUUGACUCUUAGUAACAGAAGCACAGAAGACCUCCAAGUUACCUGGUUAAAGGCUGAGGGGGAUGUUGAUCAGUAUGAGAUUCAGCUACUUUUCAAUGAUAUAAAAGUCUUUCCAUCCAUUUUCCUUGAAAAUACCAUUGAGGAGUAUCGGUUCACAGCUUUAACUCCUGGGCGCCUGUACAAAAUUCUUGUCUUGACAAUCAGUGGAGACACACAACGUGCCACUUUCAUAGAAGGAUUGACAGUUCCAAGUGCCGUCAAAAACAUUCAUGUUUCACCCAAUGGGAUGACAAACAGCCUGAAAGUGAAUUGGAGUUCUGGAGGAGGAGAUGUUGAUUCUUACACAGUGACCCUGUUCCAUCAAAACCAUCAGCGUGAUUCCCAGAAUGUCUCCAAGCAGGUCUGCGAGCAUACCUUCAACAAGUUAGAAGCCGGGGAGCAGUACCAGAUUGUGGUACAGUCUAACAGCGGCAACCUGCACAACAGUUUAACAGCUCGCGGACGUACAAUUCCUGCCUCCGUCCAAGGAUUAUUUGCAGAUCAUGCCUACAGCAGUCAUUCCUUGUUAGUGACCUGGCACAGUGCUGCAGGGGUGGCUGAAAGAUAUGACAUCCUGCUCUUGACAGAGCAAGAUAUCCUUCUAAGCAACAAAUCAGAGCCAGCGACUGCUAAACAGCACAGAUUUGAAGAUUUAAUACCUGGCAAGAAGUAUAAAGUAAAAAUGUUGACAGUCAGCGGCGGGCUCUUCAGCACACCAGCAGUAACCGAAGGCCGAACAGUUCCAGCUGCUGCCACAAAUCUGAAGGUCACAGAAAACACCAAUGGGCACCUAUCCUUCAGCUGGACUACUUCCCAGGGAGACCUGGACUCCUAUAAUAUCUUUCUGUACAAUCCAGACAAAUCCCUCCAGUACAGAAUGUCCGGGGACAAGAAACUCCAGCAGUGUUCUUUCCAGAGCUUGUUGCAGGGCAGGAUGUAUAAAAUGGUGAUUGUUACUCACAGCGGAGAGCUCACAAAUGAAUCAUCCAUAUUUGGAAGAACAGUUCCAGCCCCCGUUGUUCAUCUCAAAGGUUCCAACAGAAACAUGACCGACAGGCUGUGGUUCACCUGGGGACUGGCACCAGGAGAUGUGGAUUAUUAUCAACUCAAUCUUUAUAACCCAAAUGGCACACAGAAGGAAACAUGGCGUAGGAAAGACCUAACAGAGUGGCAUUUCCAGGGCCUGGUUCCUGGCAGAAAGUACACCCUGGUUGUAGUGACCCACAGUGGUGACCUGAUCAAUACAGCAAAUGCCGAGGGAAGAACAGCACCCAGUCCUCCUAAUGCUGUCUCAUUUGCUGAUGUUGCAAACACCUCCCUGUCAAUCACCUGGCUGGGUCCCCCAGACUGGACGGAUUACGAUGACUUUGAGUUGCAAUGGUUCCCGAGAGAUCCCCUUACGGUCUUCAACCCAUAUAGCAACAGCAGAUCAAAGGGACGCAUCAUGUAUGGUCUUCGCCCAGGGAGGCUCUAUAGAUUCAGUGUCAGGAGCAUCAGCGGGGAUAGCUGGAAGACAUACAGUCAAUCACUGUCUGGAACUGUGAGAACAAAACCAGACAAGAUACAAAACCUUCACUGCCGGCCACAAAACUCUACUGCCAUUGCAUGUUCCUGGACCCCACCUGAUUCUGACUUCGAUGGAUAUAGCAUUGAAUGCAAAAAAAUGGACACUGGAGAAGUUGAGUUUUCUAAAAGGCUAGAGAAAGAAAGAUCUUUGCAAAACAUCAUGAUGCUAGUACCCCACAAGAGGUACUUGGUAUCCAUCAAAGUGCACUCUGGAGACAUGACUAGUGAGGUAGUUGAAGACAGCACCAUUACCAUGAUAGAUCGUCCUCCUCCUCCACCUCCCCACAUCCGAGUGAACAAAAAGGAUGCACUCAUUACUAAAUCUUCCAUCAAUUUUACUUUCAACUGCAGCUGGUUUAGUGACACCAAUGGAGCUGUGAAAUACUUCACUGUGGUUGUGAGAGAGGCCGAUAGCAGUGAAGAGCUGAAGCCGGAUCAGCAGCACCCAUUACCUUCCUAUUUGGAAUACAAGCACAACAAUACCAUACGUGUCUAUCAGACAAACUAUUUUGCAAGCAAAUGUGCUGAAAACCUUGACAGCAACUAUAAGAGCUUUGACAUUAAUCUUGGAGCUGAGAUGGAAAGUCUGGGAGGAAAAUGUGAUCCAAAUGAGCAGAAAUUCUGUGACGGGCCAUUAAAACCCAGGACUGCCUACAGGAUCAGUAUACGAGCUUUUACCCAGCUCUUUGGUGAAGACCUGCGGGAAUUCACUGAGCCACUCUUUUCUGAUACCUUUUUCUCUUUACCAAUCACUACUGAGUCAGAGUCCAUGUUUGGAGUUAUAGAAGGCAUGAGUGCUGGUUUGUUUCUCAUUGUGAUGCUGGUAGCUGUCACUGCUUUAUUCUUCUAUAGACAAAAAGUUAGUAAUGGCCAUGAACGACGUACAGCAAGACUGAGCAUUCGCAGGGACAGGCCAUUGUCCGUCCAUCUGAACUUGGGGCAGAAAGGGAGCCGGAGAACUUCCAGUCCAAUAAAAGUAAAUCAGUUUGAAGUGCACUUCACCAAACUCCAAGCAGAUUCCAACUACCUCCUAUCCAAGGAGUAUGAGGACUUAAAAGAUGUGGGUCGAAACCAAUCGUGUGACAUAGCACUUUUGCCGGAGAACAGAGGGAAAAAUCGAUACAAUAAUAUAUUGCCCUAUGAUACAUCAAGAGUGAAGCUUUCCAAUGUAGAUGAUGAUCCUUGUUCAGAUUAUAUUAAUGCAAGCUACAUACCAGGCAAUAAUUUUCGCAGGGAAUACAUUGCGACUCAGGGCCCUUUGCCUGGCACCAAAGAUGAUUUCUGGAAGAUGGCAUGGGAACAGAACGUUCACAAUAUUGUCAUGGUAACCCAGUGUGUUGAGAAGGGCCGAGUGAAGUGUGAUCAUUACUGGCCCCUGGACCGGGAUUCCUUGUAUUACGGAGACCUAAUAGUUGAGAUGUUGUCAGAGUCAGUGCUUCCAGAAUGGACAAUAAGGGAGUUUAAAAUUUGUAGUGAAGAGCAGCUUGACUCAAAGAGGCUCAUCCGUCACUUUCAUUACACAGUAUGGCCAGACCAUGGAGUUCCAGAGACUACCCAGUCCCUGAUUCAGUUUGUAAGAACUGUAAGGGAUUAUGUCAACAGGACGCCAGACACUGGACCAACCAUUGUGCACUGCAGUGCUGGUGUUGGUAGGACAGGCACAUUCAUUGCGCUGGAUCGAAUCCUUCAGCAACUAGACUCUAAAGAUUCAGUGGAUAUUUAUGGAGCAGUGCAUGAUUUAAGGCUUCACAGGGUUCACAUGGUUCAGACAGAGUGUCAAUAUGUCUAUUUACAUCAGUGUGUGAGAGACGUGUUAAGAGCAAGAAAGCUACGCAGUGAACAAGAAAAUCCCUUGUUUCCAAUAUAUGAAAAUGUGAAUCCAGAGUAUCACAGAGAUGCGGUUUAUUCGAGGCACUAAGAAUGUAACAGACACCUGCUUUUGUGAUCAGAUCUGUUAACUUUGUGAGUGAGUGAGAGUGAGUGAGUGUGUGUGUGUGUGUGAGAGAGAGUGAGUGUUUCAUGCACUAAAGAGGAGCCAGACAUUUCUAUUGAUGCUGUGUAUAAUUUAUUGGUCUGGUGAUUUUUUUAAAAGAUAUAUAAUUUAAGUGUAACAGAUAUUAUUGUAUAUAAUUGUAUUUUGGUGUUAUGUAAAUAUGUAUUUUUUCUAUAAUGUUUAUAUGAAUAUUAAGCUUCAGAUAAUACUAUUUUUCCAUGCUAAAGUUAUUAGAAACUUUUCUACAUAAACUAUUUUAAACUGUGUGUCAAAAAGAACUGCUGAGUUUGGAGCAGGUUAUCUAUUGGCAUUUAAUAUACAAGGAAAACCCAUUAAGCCUAGCCAGCCUUUUAGCUGAUUCAGUGUUCACAAGAUGAAAUAUGCAACAUAUUAGAUAAAGGAUAGUAGUCCUACAUAGAAAUGCUAAACUUUAAAUUGAUUGCUUGUGAUCUGAUCAGAAUGGAAGCAAUCCAAAAUGCCAAGUCACUGCCAUAUACCGUUUAUUUAAAAAUCAUUAACAUCCAAAUAAAACAGCAUCCACUUCCCUGUGAGCAACUGUCUCAUUGUAACCUGAAUGUCAAUGGAAAACAUUAACAAUAUGUUGCCUUAUAGUUGAAUAGAACUUUUCUGUUACUCAGAUGGGAGGUUAGAUUACGAUUUGACCGACAUGACUGAUGUAUUCUUAAAUGAUUGCAUAUAGCAGCCUAAGACAAUAAGUAAACUAUACAUGCAUUCACCCUGACUGACAUGCAGACACUUAUUUCCAUGAGGAUGCAAAAUCUGGCCAUUUCUAUCACUCUUUAAAAAUAAAAUCAUUAUUAAGACAGUUUAAAGAAUAGGCCUGGCUGGAUAGUAUCAGUGUAGAGCCCCUCAGGAGUAUAAAGAUUUACAGAUGUAUACCAGAGCAGCAUAUAGCGGGGAUGCCCUGUAUGUCAGUACUCACUCCAGGCUACGUGGCCCAGAGAGUUUAAUAUCGUCCCAGUCAGCACUUUGGCUGUGGGAAGAAAAUGGAUCCCAUUCCACAGACUUAAAAUCAUGUAUUAGGUUUGAGAAGAUGAAACUUUGCCCCAGGUUCCAGGAAGAGAAGGACAUCAGCCUUUUUUUCAGUGCUGCAUGCUGGGCUAGUCUCUCCUUGCUGCAGAAACACCCGUGAGAGUGACAGUGUAGGAGCGGAGGAAAACACCCCGCUUGCCCUUGCAGCAUUUUCCUCAGAUCUUUCCAUUGAGUGGGAUGGGAUGGGUGGGUUUGCCUAACACCGAACGAGCAAGGAUUUCCACCCACAUACACUGCAGAUCACCCAAAUUCCCCUAGAUAGAGAGGACCAUCCCUAGAGUCCUUGUUCCUCCACACCUGCCCUGGAGUCCCCCUACUGCUAACCAGACACCCUUCCUGCAACUGGUCUAGAGGCCUCCCUUUAUACAAGGUUUCACAGCGCUCAAAAGCAUUAGGCUCCUCUAAGAGAUUAUUUUGUUUGACAGUGACGUUGAUCCUCUGGCCGGUGGCCCAUUUGCCUCACAGGUGAACCUCAAGAUUUUCUGAGACUCUUUUGGGUGCUGAGGAGGAAGGGAACAACACUCCACUUCCACAGAGGGCAAAGGCUAUGGGUGAUUUUAAGUUCGUUCUCCUUAGGCCCAUGAGCCCUUUAUUCCUUUCACUGCUGAGCUCUGGCCUGGCUUGACCUGGCUAAGACAAACAAGCAUGACAGUUAUGUGCACGCACACACACGUAGGCGUGCGCGCACACACACCACCCCUGAACUCACAGUUUGUCAGAGGCAGUGGUUCACUUGGUAUGUGAAGUUUAUCCACCAAGCCACCACUAGCUGCCUUGGAACCAGUCUGUACCCCUGCUUUUUGCAGCAGUGCCUAAAGCAGGAGCUUAGUUAUGAUCAAGUACAAUUGCACUUUAAAGGAAUAUCAAAUGUACUAAAUAAAUUAUUCCUCAUUAGCUACUACCAUGUCCAUUUUUCUGCUGAGGAAAUGAAACCUGUUCAAUAAUAUAUUCUUGGAGGCACGAGUCAAUGGUUGUAAAUUUUGUGUGUGUGUGUAUACACAUAUACACACACACAAUUUAUAAUUGUUUUCAAAAAAUUAAGAAUCAGAUUCCCCUUUUAAUUUUAAGUUGAUUUUUAUUUUCAAAGGUGCAUCCCUCCUAGAUGCCUUCAAAGUAUACAAAUCAGCAGACAAAACAUGCAUGAUGUCCUAGCCAAUGUUUGUUUUCAAUUCUUUAUCCUAACAGUGCCAGUAGAGCAUGAAGUUUUUCCCUAUCUGUUGUAAAAUGAUGAGCAGCCCUAAGCACUCUCCUACAGUGCUCUUAGACGGCGUUAUGUUUCUCCCUAGCUAUGUGACAUUGUGCACGCACACACAUACAUACAGAGUAUGGCUAGUUCUACAUUCUAGCAAUAACUUGACAUAUUCAUAUGGACCCAGUAUAAUUAUACUGAGAAGAAAUAAAGGUCAGAACCUCUGUAAUGUUUUUGGUGCAAGCUACCAGUUAGUAUAAUUAAUUAUAUGUAUUGUGCCUUGGAGUAGAAUGCCAGGACCGACAGGGAAUUGUUAAACAAAAAGGCUGGACUACAAGGAGCUGCAGUACUGAAAAAAGUUAGCUGUUAAGGAACAUAACCUUCGCCUGAAGAUUUGUAUGUACUGUAUGCCUAAAAAUCUCCUCUUGAUGUUUCCCAAUUUUUGAUCUUGUAAACCCUUGAGCUAGGAUUUGCACACUUGGGUCCAGUCUUGUAAGUCACACCCCUUUCCUUGUAUGAAUAGUCCAGUUAGUGUCAGUGGGCUAUUUACAUGUGAAAUAACAUCUAGAUCAUCAUUUGCAGGACUGAGGCCUUAGGUAACAUUUUUUUUCUUGAAAUAUAUUUAAUAAACUUUGUGAUGAAUUGUUUUCUUCCAUGAAAUACCAAUGCAAGGCCUAUUAUCUAUUUUAGCAAAUACUUUCACAUAACGUGGCUAGAGAAUUAGUGAAGUGAGCUUUUUUAGUUACAAAUAGGUCAUUGAACUAAAUGAUUGCAAUAGACACACUGUGAAGAUGUCAUGAAAGUGCAACUUUAUAAAAUGUAUAUGCUGCUAUGAUUAUUUAUAUGGCUUAAAUGUGCUCGAUAAAUGCUUACCAAAAAG